AUGACAGACCAGACAGAUGAACAGGCGGUAUUGAGUUCUUCAACUGGUAAUGUGAAUCAAGGGAAAAAGGCUGAUGUUCCUGUAUCAUCUAAAUCAGGGAGUAAUUCUGAACCUUCACCUAUUGUAUUGAAUAAAAUCCCCUAUCCCCAGAACUUUCAGAAAAAGAAAUUGAAUGAUCAAUUGGUUAAAUUUUUGGAUAUUUUUAAGAAGCUUCACAUUAAUAUUCUUUUUGCAAAUGCGUUGGAACAUAUGCCAAACUAUGUGAAGUCCAUGAAGUAUAAGACAGUUAGCUUAAAUGAGGAAUGUAAUGCUAUAUUGCAAAAGAAGCUACUGCAAAAAUUAAAGGAUCCUGGGAAUUUCAUUCCCCAAACUAGACAUAGGAGAGGUACAGCCGACGACGAUCUCAUUGCAGUUGGAAGAUUGUUCCCCACUUACCCUCGUGGUGUAGUAGAGGAUGUUCUGGUUAAAGUCGGUGAUUUCAUCUUCCUAGCAAAUUUGGUGGUCCUAGACAUGGAAGAAGCUAAAAUUCCCAUCAUCCUUGGACGACCAUUCCUAGCCACAAGCAGAGAUUUGAUUGAGGUUUAUGAUGGCAAGGUUAUACUUCGGGUGAAUGAUGAAGAGUGUGGGAGAAAAUUAUAUAUUUCAGGUGCUAUUGUGCAUGGAAUGAUGAAGCCACCUUGA